GCUGAGCGCGGCCCCGCGCGGGGAGAAGACGCUGCUCGAAGCGCUGCGUUCCCGCCGCUCGGCGUUUGGGUCGUGACCGGCCCCGGGAGAUGGACGAGGCUCCCCGAGCCCCCGUCGCCCUGCGCGCGCGGGAUCCCGCCCGGAAAACGCAGGAGGAAGAAGAGGAGGAGCAGGAGCAGAAUGAUUCCGACACUGACUUGUCUGUGGUGGACCAACAAAGCUCUCAGCAAAACAAGAAAUGUGAGGACCUCCUGGAUUUUUCUGAAAUGUGCCGCUCCAACCAGGAAUAUUUCCUGAAGCUAGAAGAACUAAAGUCUGCUCAUGUGGCGACCAUGGCCAAACUGGAGACAAUGUAUCAAAAUAAAUUGCAUUUAAAAGGAGUGCUUCCAGGGGCCAAUGGAAAUACUCUGUCUAGUAUGCAUAGACCAUUGUGGGAAGAGAGCUCAUUUCAACCUCCCAGUUUGUAUCAUUCACUUUGGGAGCUUGACUUCAGCCAAACUUCCUCCAGUGAGUCUGAAAAUGAAUUGCUCUACCAAGAAGAAGGUGAUAACAAUAAUGAGGUCAACUUUUUGGCUUCUCCUAAGGAGCAGAUCAGAAAUAUGUGGGAUGAUUUCAAUGUAGAAGACUAUGCCCCCUCUGACAGUCAUCACGUGCAAAAACUCCAAAAGCCAAAGAGGAAGCCAAAGAAAUGGGUGCCAAAGAUUACAGUGCCACAACCUUUUCAAAUGACAAUCCGAGAAGAGAGGAAAAAAGAGCAGCGGGUCACAGCUAAGGCAGAAGCCGAAAGGGCCAAUACCUUGUUGCGAAAACAAGAAGAAGAAGCAGAAGCAGCCGAGUGUCAGAAGAAAUUCCGAGCCAAUCCCAUUCCUGCAUUUGUCUUCCUCCCACUCUAUCAGGAAUUAUUAGAGCGAAAUGAAGAACGCCGGAGGUUCGUUAAGGAGAAGAGUAAAGAAAUCCUUUUGGCCUCCCAAAAACCUUUUGAUUUCGUAGUAAGGGAAGAACAAAAAAAAGAAUUCCAGAGAUUGCAGGCAAAAGUCCCCUCGAAGUCUAAAACCAAAGUAAAGUUGUUUAAAGCCAGACCUGUACCUAAGUCUGUUUACGGUUCAGCCAUCAGUGAUCGGAUCAAAGAGGAAGAGCUUUAUAGGGAAAGUAGGAUCCGGAUGAGAUCCCAGGAGCUUUUACAAAAUGCAUCACUUCCCCGCAGUAUGCUGGUUCAGAGCUCUCCCUCUAAGAGGAAGUACAGACACACUGAAGAAAGGACAGAGUUGAAGUAUAAACCUAAGGUCAACUGCCGGGUGCCGGACUUUGAAACCCUUCACCAAAAAUUUCAGAAGCAAGUUUUGAAACAGAAACAUCUAAAACCCACUACGGUCUGUGAACCGUUUGAUCUUCGAACUUUACGAAUCCCAUCUAAUAGAGGGAGAAUUUUGAAAGACAUCCAAGCAGAUGAGGAAAAUUUGAAGGAAACCCGCUGGCCAUAUCUCUCUCCAAGGUGCAAGUCACGAAUGAGACGCUCGAGUGCGAGUCCUCAGCUGGGGGAGACUGAUGAACCUGAACCUCCGAGAACUAAUGAAUCUUCAAGAAGACGCCAAGACGCCAUUAGAAAACAUGAGAAGGAGAGAAUGAAGGAAUACUUGCAGGAACUGGAAGAAAUAGAUGAGAAAUUGAAGAGGAGGCCCCUGCUCUUUGAAAGAAUUGCUCAGGAAAAUGCAAGAAUUGCAGCAGAAAAGCAUUAUUCUACCACCCUCCGAGAACUCGGGCUCUGUGAUGAGUUUGUGGCAAAUAAGGGCCAAAGUACAAGACCAUCAGAACUCUUCAGAGGGCAGGAGUUUGAAAGCAGCACUGAAGAUACAGAAAGCCUUAGGGAUUCGGAGAAACAAGAACUCUGGAAAGAAAACUGUGAAAGUGAUCUUGACAACCAGGAUACGCAAACAUCAGGAUAAGAAACAUGAAGACAAUUCAACAUAAAGACAAAAAACAAUCCAGAAAUGACAAAAAUAAUUCCAACAGCAAGACUUCUGUAACACUUUGUUACUGAGGUUUAUUGUAGAUAAAUUGCCAACAACUUGAUUUGGUGUUUCAGGGUUUUUGUGGAGGCAAUAAUACGUAGUGAUAUGAACAGAAACCUAAAUAGGAUGUGGAUUUUUAAUAUUUUUUCAAACAAUGCCUAUGACUGUGUGAAUGAACAUAUUCAUGAUUUUUUAAAAGCUUCAAGAUUAUAAUCAUGUCAAAUAGACUAUACAGGGUAUUUUUCACUUUAAAAUAGGUGGCCUGACUGGCAGUGGAUGUAUUUAUUGUUUGUUUUUUUUUAUUGUGGUGAAUUUAUUGAAGAUCCAGGGAAUUUUUUAUAAAUUUUGUAUUGCCCAUAAAAUUAUUACUGUAACUCAAAUUUACAUCUAAAAUGUUCCUCUUUCACAGUGAAAAUCCUCAAACUUUGUUCACUAAGCACUUUAAACAUUUUUACCUGAGCCUUUUUAUAACUUUAAAACAAAGAAAAUCUGAAGCAUAUGGAGUAAUCAGUUGCUAAAUUGAAUGUAUUUUUUGUGUACUGAGCUUAGAUGAUUUUUUAUGAACUAGCAAUUUUUAAAUGAUUGUUUCAGCCUCAAAUACAUUUUUUGUAGUUUAUACUUCUAGGAAAGGAGUACUUAAAUUAAUAUCUGUAUAGAUCAAGCAUAACAUAUUCAAAGCUUCAAACGGUCAGAGAAUGCUUUGGUCUUGCAAUUGCAGCACUAAACUUUGGUGUUAAAGCUGACAGCGAUAGCGUGAAGAGUUCUGUCUCACGUGGCAAUGAGCUACUUAAUGCAAAAUCACCAAGUCUAGCUAUAUCAGAGAUCAGUUUUACGUGGCCUAUCCUUGGGAGAUCAAGUAAUUCCACUGUCAAUUACACUAGGAAUCUGUAUGCCUCUAAAAGAAAUCUUAUUAAUGAAAAUGACUGAAACCUGUAAUUAAAGGAGCCUGGAUGGUUUGGGUCACAUGUAGCCCCUGAGAUGGACGUAAAUACCAUUAUCCACUUUCAGUUGAUUGCUGAAGACCACAGAGUAUGUGGUAAACCUGAAACCUUAAUUUUCAGUCCGAUGCUAUGACCUCAAUUUUUCUUCAAUUUUGCUUUCAGCAAAAAUUUAAUCUAUGAGCCUCUAAAAUAUUUAUAUGGGUUGUAUUUUUUCCAAUAAAUGUUUGAUUAGCA